UUCUUUUAAUUUCGGUCUAAACUCUAAAAGCAGCGAAAUGGCGCGGUGGGAAGAGAGAGACGGCGAGAUGGCUUCACCGUCGGGGAAUCGAGGCGAGUCGACUCGGAUAGUAGCACGAUCGUCGCUUGUCGACUCGUUGAAAGGGUGUGGUUUAUCGGGGGUUCGAAUCGAUAAGGAGGAUUUAAAGAGAAGGAUUCUGAUACCGGAGUACCUCCGUCUUGCUAUGCGAAACGCGAUUCAGUCGAAGGACCCGAAUGCCGGCGACCGGCACGCUGGGAGUGGGAACGAGCAGGCACCGGAGGCGCCGAUGGUUGUUUUCGUGAACUCGAGGAGUGGGGGACGGUAUGGGCCGAUUCUUAAGGGGAGGCUUCAGGAGCUGAUGGGUCAAGAACAGGUUUUUGAUCUUUCAGUUGUGAAGCCUACAGAAUUUGUGCAGUAUGGAUUAGCUUGCUUGGAGAAGUUGGCUGACCUUGGUGAUCAUUGUGCAAGAGAUAUUCGUUCAAAGUUGAGGGUUGUGGUUGCGGGAGGCGAUGGCACAGUGGGUUGGGUUCUCGGAAGCCUUGGAGAACUUUAUAGGCAGAAUCGAGAACCAGUUCCUCCAAUAGGAAUAAUUCCGCUUGGUACUGGCAAUGAUUUGUCGAGGAGUUUUGGUUGGGGUGGUUCAUUUCCUUUUGCAUGGAAAUCAGCUGUGAAGAUGUCUCUUUCUAAGGCUAUUACAGGUUCAGUUUGCCGUCUUGAUAGUUGGCAUGUUUUGGUUUCGAUGCCAGCUGGAGGAAAUGUAGACCUGCCACAUUCUCUGAGGCAUACAGAAGAGUGUACUCUUGAUCAGGAUUUGGUUGUUGAGGGGGAGAUGCCUGAAAAACAAACUUGCUUUGAGGGAGUAUUUUAUAAUUAUUUUAGCGUAGAUAGGCAGAUAUCUGACCAAAUUCUUGUUGCCAAUGAGUGUGUGGAAGAUUUGAGAAGAUUUAACCGUAAGGGUUUUGUGUGCAAGCUGGACUUGGAGAAAGCCUAUGAUUUUGUGGAUUGGAAUUUCUUGAUUGAGCUCGCUUUGUUUUUGUCAAUAUUUAUUCACAAAAUUAUUGUAUACAGAGGGCUUAAGAAUAUAUUACGACUGCAUAUUAAGAAGGUCAACUGCUCAGAAUGGGAGCAGAUUCGAGUCCCUUCAAGUGUUCGGGCAAUAGUUGCUCUAAAUCUUCAUAACUAUGGAAGUGGGAGGAAUCCAUGGGGUAAGCCAAAGCCAGAGUAUAUGGAAAAGAGAGGCUUUGUUGAAGCUCACGUGGAUGAUGGCCUUCUUGAGGUCUUUGGCUUAAAGCAAGGAUGGCAUGCUUCAUUUGUUAUGGUUGAGCUCAUCACUGCAAAACAUAUUGCUCAGGCUGCAGCAAUUAGAUUGGAAGUUAGAGGUGGCGAAUGGAAACAUUCUUAUAUGCAGAUGGAUGGUGAACCAUGGAAACAACCAAUGAGCAAUCAAUUUUCAACAUUUGUGGAGAUAAGGAGGGUGCCGUAUCAAUCUCUAAUGAUCAGGGGAGAAUGAUCUUGCUAGUUUGUCAUCAACUCGGUUUACUACACAACAGUAUCUUAGAUUGUUAUAAUCUGGAUACAUGUAAAGCAUUUGUUGCCAAGGGCUUGUAGUAUAUGGUCUGCAGAAUUACUAGCUAUUUGGAUUAUGUUAUAUUGAGUUCAUUAUUAGUGCAUUCCGUGUAUUUAAACUUCUUUCUACACAGCAAUAAACGAACCACAGUGAACGCAAGUACCUCACCAUUCUGUACGUCUAUGAUUCGAGGGCAAGUCUAUUUCACUUUUGAGAUAGAUAUAUCAAGGCUUAAUAAAUGCAUUCAUUUUUUUUUUCUAUUUAA